AGAAUCAGUUAAACACAUCCAAGAAAUGUAUAUCAUGAUCCGAGUUUCACCUUCAUGAACCAUGGUUGUGUGUAAGCCUGGCAUUCGGGAGCCCAUCGGUUUCGAUUCGAAUUUUUGAAUUUUCGAUAUUAUGCUCAUAAAUCUCAUUUGAGUUUUACUAAUUAUUGGUCCGGAUUCGUUUCGGCUCCUUUCGAAUUCGGUUUGGAUCGAUUGUAACCAAUAUUUUAAAUUACCCAAAGAAAAAAAUUAUAACCUGAAAAUUUGACAAAAAAAAUAAAAAUAUAAAUUAUUCAUAAAUCUAAUUAAAAAUUAGUUAAACUAUCUAAAUUAACUAAAAAUUAUUCAAAAUAACAAGUAGAAUAAACCACAAAAAUCUUUAGAAUAUUAAAAAAUUUCUAAAUUACCUUAACAUAUAUGACUAAAAAACAUAUUUAACUAAUGUCGGAUAUAUUCGGAUCCGGAUUUUGAUUCGGUUUGGGUUAUACCUAAAACUUAAAGUACUAAGCUCACAAGUCCCGUUCUGAUAUUUUUAUAUCGCGAUUUGGAUCCGGUUUUGAUUUUUUCAGUUCUUUAAGUAGGUACUUUUGGGUAAAAUGCAGUGGCUAGUUGGGUGGUUCAAAUGCUUUCGUAUUCUUAUAAUGGGCUUUUAUUAAUGGGCCAAAAAGUCAUUAGGCAGAAAUAGCCACUAAGUAAUCACAGGUAGAAAGAACUCGCGAAACGUCGUCGUUCUGAUAUAUCACUCCAUUGUAGAUUGGUUUAACCGAUACGAGGAUCUUCGCCGCCGGCUAGUAAACCCCGGAGUUUCAUUCCACCGGCGAUAUGGAGAGAGGCGAAGCGAAGAGCAAGAAAGCAGGAGGGCCUCCUCGUCUCUGCUGCAUCUGUAACGAGAAACGACCCGUCCUCAAAAGACCCAAAACCCUUCAACAAAUAUGCAGAGAGUGCUUUUACGAGGUGUUCGAGGAGGAGAUUCACCAAGCCAUCGUCAACAAUGGGCUAUUCAAAUCCGGCGAGCGUGUUGCUAUAGGCGCCUCCGGUGGAAAAGAUUCAACGGUGCUGGCUUAUGUAUUAUCAGAGCUAAACAGACGCCAUAGCUACGGUCUCGACCUCUUCCUUCUCUCCAUUGAUGAAGGGAUCACUGGUUACCGUGAUGAUUCUCUCGAGACCGUUAAAAGAAACGAACUCCAAUAUGGGUUGCCUCUUCAGAUUCUUUCGUACAAAGAUCUGUACGGAUGGACGAUGGAUGAUAUUGUGAAGAUGAUUGGUCUGAAGAACAAUUGCACCUUUUGUGGUGUCUUCCGUCGCCAGGCGCUUGAUAGAGGAGCUGCGUUGUUGAAAGUAGAUAAGCUGGUGACUGGACAUAACGCAGAUGAUAUAGCUGAAACAGUUCUCUUGAACAUACUUAGAGGAGAUAUCGCUAGAUUGAGUCGGUGCACAUCGAUCACUACAGGUGAAGAUGGUCCGAUUCCAAGAUGUAAACCUUUCAAAUAUACUUACGAGAAGGAGAUUGUUAUGUAUGCUUAUUUCAAGAAGCUGGACUACUUCUCAACCGAAUGCAUAUACUCUCCUAAUGCUUAUCGUGGGUUUGCCCGUGAGUUCAUCAAAGACUUGGAGAGACUAAGGCCAAGAGCUAUUCUGGAUAUCAUUAAGUCCGGUGAAGACUUCAGAAUUGCGACGACCACUAAAAUGCCUGAGCAAGGGACGUGUGAGCGAUGCGGCUAUAUUUCUAGCCAGAAAUGGUGCAAAGCGUGUGUGUUGUUGGAUGGAUUGAACCGUGGUUUGCCUAAGAUGGGCAUUGGAAGAGCUCGAGGAGGAGGUGUAAACGGUGGUGAUCACAAGAAGGAAACAAAGGCUGGAUCUACUGUGAAAACUCUUGAGACCAAGCAAUGUGGAUCUCUGGAUUUCUAAAGAGAGAAGAGGCUCUUUUUUUUUUUUGAGAGAAGAGGCUCUAAAAUUGCAGAAACUGGUUCUGUACAGAAGAAAAUGUUAAAACACAUCGUUGUUGGUUAGUGAUUAUUGAAAAUUUUACUACAUUAAUGACCCACCUGGUCAACUUGACUAAACUCAAUCCAGCCUGGUAAUAGUUUGACGACAAUCAUGCAUUAA